AGCUUGGUUUAACUCGGAACCGGCGAAAGAUUUUCCUCUCUCUCUCUCUCCACAAUCUCCUUAAAAUGUUCUGAAAAAAAAUCAUUUUCGAUUUUUCCAUUAGCACAGGCUCAGAGAGAAGCAGACAUAGAAAGCAAAGCCGAAAACAACAGAGUUUCGUGACUCUAUACGUACUCAGAAAGCAAAACCAGCUAUGAAGAUGAUGAAGAUAAGAAACGUAGUUUUAUGGAAAGACUCAUGGGCGGAAGUUAUUAUUUUGUAAUCGAGAAUUGAGAUUGAUACUUUUGCCGUAAAUGAUUGUUUCGGAAAGGUGGAAGUGAUGCUCUGCUUCGAGUGCCAAAAUACAGAUGUCUUAUUAUUGGCUAGUAACCAGUUGAAGGUAAAGCUUGAGGUUUUACCGGCUUCUGUAGCAUUUAAAUUGCACCCAUAGGCUUGGCGAGGUUUUUCUAGGAGAGACUCCCAUGUCUAGUUCAUGUGAAAGGUGGAUUGAUGGUCUCCAAUUCUCCUCGUUGUUCUGGCCUUCACCACAAGAUGCUCAGCAGCGGCAGGCUCAAAUUACUGCCUAUGUUGAAUAUUUUGGUCAGUUCACAUCAGAAAGGUUUGCUGAAGAUAUUGGUGAGCUUAUCCGGUGUCACUAUCCAUCACAAAACAAACGCCUAUUCGAUGAAGUUUUGGCAAUGUUUGUACUUCAUCAUCCAGAACAUGGGCAUGCCGUUCUUCUUCCACUUAUUUCAUGUAUAAUUGAUGAUACAUUGGCGUACAAUAAGAAUUCCCCCCCAUUUAGUUCCUUCAUUUCUUUAGUCUGCCCAAGCAACGAGAAUGAAUAUUCUGAACAAUGGGCUAUGGCAUGUGGGGAAAUUUUACGGGUAUUAACUCACUACAAUCGCCCAAUUUACAAGGCUGAACACCAAAAUAGUGUCGAUAGAAGCAGCAGUGGUAUUCAUGCUACAAGUAGCUCUACAAAGGAGGGAACCUGUUAUUCAGCUCUGCCACAACAAGAUAAAAAACCUUUACGUCCACUAUCUCCCUGGAUUACUGAUAUACUGCUUGCCGCACCUUUGGGUAUUCGAAGUGACUAUUUUCGUUGGUGUGGUGGGGUCAUGGGUAAAUAUGCAGCUGGUGGAGAACUCAAGCCACCUACUAUUGUAUGUGGUGGUGGAUCUGGAAAGCAUCCUCAGUUUAUUCCAUCAACUCCAAGGUGGGCUGUUGCUAAUGGUGCAGCUGUUAUAUUAAGUGUCUGUGAUGAGGAAGUUGCUCGCUAUGAAACUGCUACCUUAACAGCAGCUGCUGUACCUGCACUUUUGCUUCCUCCUCCAACAACACCUCUCGAUGAGCACUUAGUGGCUGGAUUGCCAGCUCUUGAGCCAUAUGCACGCUUAUUCCAUCGGUAUUAUGCAGUUGCUACCCCAAGUGCUACUCAGAGACUUCUGCUUGGACUUCUAGAAGCACCACCAUCAUGGGCUCCAGAUGCACUUGAUGCUGCUGUACAACUUGUUGAGCUCCUUAGGGCAGCUGAAGAUUAUGCAUCUGGUGGCAUGAGGCUCCCAAGGAAUUGGAUGCAUUUGCAUUUCUUGCGUGCAAUUGGGAUUGCAAUGUCCAUGCGAGCAGGUAUUGCUGCAGAUGCAGCAGCAGCUUUACUUUUUCGUAUACUUUCACAGCAUGCAUUGCUUUUUCCUCCACUGAGGCAAGCUGAAGGAGUUGAGGUUCAACAUGAACCUCUGGGUGGUUAUAUUUCAUGCCAUCGGAAACAGAUAGAAGUGCCAGGAGCAGAAGCCACUAUUGAAGCCACAGCCCAAGGGAUUGCAUCUAUGUUUUGUGCCCAUGGCCCUGAGGUUGAAUGGAGAAUUUGUACCAUCUGGGAGGUUGCUUAUGGCCUGAUUCCAUUAAGCUCCUCAGCUGUUGAUUUGCCAGAGAUAAUUGUUGCAACCCCACUGCAACCUCCUGUUUUAUCAUGGAACCUGUACUUACCACUGCUGAAAGUGUUAGAAUAUCUUCCUCGUGGUAGUCCAUCUGAAGCAUGCCUUAUGAGGAUAUUUGUUGCUACAGUGGAAGCAAUUCUGCGAAGAACAUUUCCUCCCAAAUCCUCCAGAGAACAAAUAAGGAAAUCAAGAUUUUUGCUUAACAUUGGGUCUGCCUCCAAGAACCUUGCUGUGGCAGAACUUCGUACUAUGGUUCAUUCACUAUUUUUAGAAUCACGUGCCUCCAUAGAUCUUGCUUCACGCCUUCUGUUUGUUGUGUUAACUGUGUGUGUCAGUCAUGAAGCUCAGCCUAAUGGGAGUAAGAGACCAAGAUGUGAUGAUAUUUAUCCUACAAAUGAAGUUACUGAGGACUCUCAGGUGAUAAAUGAGAAAAAUGGGGAGGUGAGAACUAGAAAAGUGAAAAGACAAGGGCCUGUUGCAGCAUUUGAUUCUUAUGUUCUUGCUGCUAUUUGUGCUUUAGCUUGUGAACUGCAGCUGUGUCCUUUGAUUUUAAAAAGUGAUAAACGCUCAAAUUUUAAAGAUGCAUCAAGCACACCCAAGCAUGAAAAAGUAAAUGGAUCAUCUAAUGACUUGCGUAAUGGUAUGGGAGCAGCAAUUUCUCAUACUCAUAGGAUAUUAAGAAUUUUAGAGGCACUUUUUUCUUUGAAGCCAUCUUCUGUUGGCACCUCAUGGAGUUAUAGUUCAAAUGAGAUUGUUGCUGCAGCCAUGGUUGCUGCUCAUGUUUCUGAACUUUUCAGACGUUCAAAGGUUUGUAUGCAUGCUCUCUCUAUCCUGAUGCAGUGCAAGUGGGACAAUGAGAUUUACACCCGAGCAUCUUCUCUUUAUAACCUCAUUGAUAUUCAUGGAAAAGCUGUUGCAUCCAUUGCUGUGAAGGCAGAGCCCCUAGCAGCACACUUGGUACAGGCACCAUUAUGGAAAGAUUCCUCAGUAUGUAACACUGGUAGAAAACAAGUAAAUUAUUCGAAGACUAACUGCUUCAAAUCAGAGUCAUCAUCAACUAGUUGGCCUGAAGGUGAUAAUGAUUCAACUCAUUCAAAAAGCUUCCUAAAAUGUGAGAAAGCAUCACUUUCAAAUGACAGAAUUGUGAAUACAAUGGCAAAAAGUAUAGAAAAUUUUUCAAUGGACGCUUCCGAUUUGGCCCAUUUCCUGACAAUGGACAGGCAUAUAGGACUUAAUUGCAGUGCAAAAGUUCUUCUAAGAUCUGUGCUUGCGGAGAAACAAGAAUUGUGCUUCUCUGUUGUUUCACUUUUGUGGCACAAGUUAAUUGCAUCCCCAGAAACACAGCCAAGUGCCGAAAGCACUUCUGCUCAUCAGGGGUGGAGGCAGGUAAUCGAUGCCCUAUGUAAUGUUGUCUCAGCAUCACCAGCUAAAGCAUCAACAGCAAUUGUUCUUCAGGCGGAGAGGGAAUUGCAACCUUGGAUUGCUAGAGAUGAUGAGCAAGGCCAAAAGAUGUGGAGAAUUAACCAGCGAAUUGUAAAAUUAAUAGCAGAGCUAAUGAGAAACCAUGAUAGCCCUGAAUCCUUGGUAAUUCUGGCAAGUGCUUCAGAUCUUCUUCUACGUGCAACAGAUGGAAUGCUCGUUGAUGGAGAAGCAUGUACUUUACCUCAGUUAGAGCUACUGGAAGCAACAGCAAGAGCUGUUCAGCUUGUGGUGGAGUGGGGGGAAUCUGGUUCAGCCGUUGCAGAUGGCCUCUCAAACCUGUUGAAGUGUCGCCUACCAGCUACUGUCCAUUGCCUUUCUCGUCCAAGUGCACAUGUCCGUGCACUUAGCGUAUCAGUUCUCCGUGAUGUGUUAUAUAUUGGUUCAAAUAGAUCUAAUUCUAAACAAGAAGGCAUACAGGCAAUCCAUGGUACCCGUUAUCCUUACUUGAGUUUAGGCAUCAUUGAUUGGCAUGAAGACAUCGAGAAGUGUUUAAAAUGUGAGGCUCAGAGCAGGCAUGCAAGUGGAAUGAACAUAACAUUUCUUGGCGCCGCUGCCAAGGAGUUGGGCUGUACUAUUUCCACUUGAGAUCCCCUCCGAGGACCAUCUAAGAUUUGUUCAUUCAGAUGUAUCACAAAUUGCCAAUAUAUUUUUAUUUUAUAGUCAAUUUGUAGUUUCUUAUGGGUACAUUCAUUCAAGUGAAAUUUAGAGACAGAAACAGAUAAUGAUGUAUUUGAAGGAUUAGGCCAAAGAAAUAAUGACGCUAUUGUAUCUCUUGUCAUUGUCAAUCGGAAGUUCAGGUCCUCUUGCGUUCUUCUAACCA